AUUUCUUCACGCUUCGAGUACAGACACAGAGAGACAUCCAGUUUUGAACUGUUUUAUUCAACAAGUAUUUCAAAGAUGUUUGGAAAAAGCAACUUGCGGAGGCCAAGUAACCGCACGUGUUAUGUAGGUGACGAGGAUCCUCUCAUUAAAGAUAUUAGUACAGCAAUGGCCAGACUUUCCCUAAGUGGACAGACUGAGCUAGAGUCCAGGUCCUCCAACAGCCGCAUAUCUAAUAAUGAGGCCCUGGAAAAAAACAGUACCCCAAAAAGGAGAUGGGAGGAUCUGGAAUCGGGCGGUUUCAGACGGCCAGACAGCCUUGGCCCUGAGACAAAGAGAAAAAGAGUGGACACAACGGCGAUAAACAAGUCUUCCUGGGUGAGUAUUGGUUGCACCAUAGCUUUUCAAAGGAAAUAUGUGAGUGCUUUUCAGUACAGGGCCAUUGAAGAAGAAGUCAAGCAGACUUUGCCACGUGAGGCACAGAAGAAGAUGGCUACACCCAAAAUGAGUCUCAGUCCCACCCAAUAUUUAAAGGACAAAGACAAACUGUCCUAUAAAAGGAAAAGGGAAGAUUUGGAUUCAGCCGGUAUCAGAAGGCAACACAACCUCGCUCCUCAAAAAAAAAGGAGAAGAGUGGUCCGGAGACGUGUUCAGGCGGACGCUGACAUUGUCAUGGUUGCCAUGCCAAAAAAGAAAAAUAGAAGAAGAAACAGGAGAAGCCAUGUGAAGCCUGUACAGAGUGCAAAGGAAUGGCGACACCCAGAAUGCUCGGGUCAAAAGGGACCUGGAGAAAAGACCUGGAGAGGAGGAGGUAUUUACAUUUGUGGAAUAAUUUCUCGUUACACAGGUCAUGCUUUGAUGAAAAGGGAAACACUGGACCAUAACACGCCAGCAGCGCAGUUUACCCUCCCAGGCUUUUUUGCCAAAAUGAGCAAUAUGGACCACCAGGCAGAAGAAACGCAGAAAACAUGCGUUACCAGGGCCGCCGUCAGUGGGAAACAUCUGGUCCGCUGUGCCGGGCCCGGGGCCAUGGUAGGGCCCAAAAGGUCCCUCGGACAAAAAAGUCCUGGGCACGAGGAAAACACAAGGACCUGUGUUUAA